AUGGAGGUAGAGAUUGGAUACAGCACCAGCAGGGAAGUCCACGGGUCUCUACGCACCUGCUAUCCAGACAACACCAUAGACAUAGUGAACUUGCACAACUCCAGUAACAUCAAUGUUCAGGGCCGCUGGGCCUUUGUUACAUCCCUCCAGUCAGAGGGCUUCAGCUGUGGGUAUACUAGCACCCCGGGCAUUUUUUAUCCGUUUGGGUCGGCUGCGGGUGAUACUUUCAGCAGUCGUGACGAUGACGGCAGCUCCCCUGUCAUUCCCCUGCUCAGCUCGUUCCCUUACUUUGGUCGCACGUACCAGCAGAUAUACGUGAAUCACAAUGGACACCUCACUUUCAAUCAGUCAUUCUUUCAUUUCGUGCCUAAUGAGUUCCCUGAGAAUUCGACGAGGGACAUUAUCGCCCCUUUCUGGAUAGAUUUAGACAAUCGUGGAAAAGGAAGCAUUUCCUAUCAGCAGUACACAACUGGUGAUGUUCUUCAAAACGCAACUCAGGACAUCAACUCCUACUUCCCCAAUGUGAAUUUUACUGCUACCUGGGUGUUUGUGGCCACAUGGGACAGGGUGGCCUAUUAUCCAAACACAGGAACAGAGACGACCUUCCAGGUGGUUUUGAUUUCUGACAGUAAUCUGUCCUUUGUAUUCAUGAACUAUGGUGACAUUGCCCCAACUUCGCAAAAUGCACAGAUUGGAUACGACACCAUUGGCUCGUCCCACCACGUGUCUCUACGCACCUUCUAUCCAGACAACACCAUAGACGUAGUGAACUUGCACAGCUCCAGUAACAUCAAUGUUCAGGGCCGCUGGGCAUUUGCUACAUCCCUCCAGUCAGAGGGCGCCAGCCCUAAUGUCGUUGGUAUACAACUGCAAGUUUCUUCUGCUGAAAACCUAAGUGAGGAUGAGAUUGAGGAACGGAUUCUGAAGCCAUUUGUAGACCUCCUAAAGAAGCGUGGAAUAGACGUCUCUGGCAUACGCUUGCGAAGGUUUUACAAGACAGAACUCUGAGAGAAGGAUGCGGGAUACGGACCCAAACACCCUCAAAUACCACCCAACAGCUCACCACUGGAGUCCACAUUCCACCCAAACACCACCCAACAGCUCACCACUGGAGUCCACAUUCCACCCAAACACCACCCAACAGCUCACCACUGGAGUCCCAACUCCUCAGAAAUACCCUCAAACACCACCCAAAUAACCUCAGACACCACCCACACCUCCACAGAAACACCACAGGAACACCACAAAAAACAUCCUCUACCUCAAACAUCACUAAAACAUCCUCACCCGUACACCACCCAACAGCUCACCUCUGGAGUCCAAACUCCACCGAAACACCCUCA